AUGGCUACUGGUUAUGAUACUGAAGAGCUAAUCAGUUCUAGUGAGGAUGAAUAUGAUGGUGCUAAUCAAAGGAAGAGGAAGAGAUAUGGAGAGUUUCAUGAGGAGGACAUGAGUGCAAAUUUCAAUUUCAGAGUAGGCAUGCAAUUCACCUCAUUGGAGCAGUUCAAAAAAACAAUAAGAGACCAUUCAGUUCUCAAUGGAAGAGAAGUUACAUUCCCUAAGAAUGAUUCUGUUAGAGUAAGAGGAGUUUGCAAGAAGAAGUGUGGAUUUGUGAUGCUUUGCAGCAAGGUUGGAGGGAAGCAAACCUUCAGCAUCAAGACUCUGAAUGCUAACCAUUUAUGUGGUAGGGUCUUCAACAACAAAUCUGCAACUUCCAAAUGGAUUGCAUCCAAGCUCAUUGACAAGGUUCAAAUUGCAAGAAAGGUGAGGGUUAAUGAAAUAGUUGAUGAAGUGAAAGGACUUCUAUCUGUAUUUGAUGAGCUCUUGCCUGGAGUUGAGCACAGGUUCUGUCUAAGACACAUGUACGCAAACUUCAAGAAGAAGUUUGGGGGUGGAGUGAUUAUGAUGGCUGCAGCUAAAGCUACUUAUAAGCAGUUAUGGGAUGAGAAGAUGAUGGAGCUGAGAAGUGCAAAUGAGGCAGCAUACACUUGGUUGAUGGCUAUUCCAAUCCGGACUUGGUGCAAACAUGCCUUCACUCACUACCCCAAGUGUGAUGUUCUUUUGAACAACUUGUCUGAGAGUUUCAAUGCCACAAUUCUUCUAGCUCGGGACAAGCCAAUUCUCACUAUGAUGGACUGGAUCAGAACAUACAUCAUGGGAAGAUUUGCUACUUUAAAUGAGAAGUUUGCAAGGUAUAGUGGACAGGUAUUGCCAAAACCUUUGAAGAGGUUAUCUUGGGAGGUGAACAAGAGCGCUUCAUGGCUGCCAACUCAAUGUGGUGAAGGGAAGUAUGAGGUUAAACAUGCAGUUUCUGGAGAAGGGUUUACUGUUGACCUGAAUAGACACUAUUGCAGUUGUAAUUUUUUGGAGCUGGUGGGAAUACUCUGCAGACAUGCAUGUGCUGGGAUGUCAUAUAGUAGACACAACCCUGAAGACUAUGUCCACAUAUACUACAAAAGGGAUGCUUAUAUAACAACUUAUGCACAUGAGAUUAGUCCAAUCAAUGGACAGAAACUAUGGGAACCAACUGAAGACCCAACAAUUCUUCCACCCUUGUACAAGAGGGGUUCAGGCAGGCCUAAAAAGCUAAGAAUAAGAGACCCUCAUGAGGACACUGAGGAAAUGUUGAACAGAGAAGCUGCAGGAACUUAG